AUGGCAGACUUACACCCAAAUUCGCAGACCCCUAGUCGGCUGCAUGCAGCUGUAGCGUCGACGGCCACGACCCUAAACGGCGAGGAUUUUGACAGCAAAACUCCAGUGCCUAGCAUUGGAGACGAGGACGAGGCUAUCGACCUUGGCCUCAAUGACGAAAAGCGAGAUGAAAAGCAAGAGGGAAAACAGGAGGAAAUUGCUUCAGUCCAGAAUGAUGAACUUUCAGAAGAUGAAUAUCCUUCGGGUAUCAAGAUGUUCUUCAUCGUGCUCGCCCUGGUGCUGAGUGUCUUCCUUCUGAGUCUCGACAUGACAAUCGUUGCUACGGCCAUUCCCAAAAUCACCGAUGAAUUCCAAGGUCUCGACAAGGCCGGCUGGUAUGGCGCUGCUUUCUUCAUGACCGUCGGGGCAUUUCAAUCUACAUGGGGAAAGGUAUACAAGUACUUUCCGCUCAAGAUCAGCUUUCUCAUCGCCAUCUUCAUCUUCGAACUCGGCUCUGUCAUCUGCGGCGCCGCCCCCAACGCCGAAGCCCUCAUCACCGGCCGAGCCAUCGCUGGUCUCGGAGCCGCUGGCCUCGGUGCCGGCGCCUACACCAUCAUUGCCUUCUCCGCGCCGCCUAAGAAGCGUCCUGCGUUUACGGGCAUCAUUGGUGCUUCGUAUGGUUUCGCCAGUGUCAUCGGACCGCUGCUAGGAGGCGCUUUCACCGAUCAUGUCAGCUGGAGAUGGUGCUUCUACAUCAACUUGCCCAUUGGUGGUGUCUCUGCCGCCAUCAUCUUCAUCUUCUUCCAGACUCCUCGAAAUGCAGUUCCCGUCAAGGCGCCUCUGAUGGAAAAGAUCCGACAGAUGGACCCUCUCGGUGUGAUUCUGAUGAUGGGAGCCACCAUCACCUUCAUCCUGGCUGUCCAGUACGGCGGUAUUGCACACCCUUGGAACUCUUCCGUCGUCAUUGGCCUCCUCGUUGGAUUCGUCCUCAUCAUGGGCACUUGGGCGUUUGUCCAGUGGUACCAGGGCGACUACUCCAUGGUGCCGCCUAAGCUGUUUGGCAAGCGCACCAACUUUGUCAUGUCUCUGGUCGCCUUCAUCCAGGCUGGUGGCUUCUUCGCCGCUAUUUACUACAUUCCUAUCUACUUCCAGUCUGUCCACGGCACCAACCCAACCAUGAGCGGUGUCCGCAACCUGCCCUUCAUCAUUGCCGUCUCCUUCUCUACCGUCGCAAGCGGUGUCCUGGUCACUGCCACUGGCUGGUACCAGCCUCUCCUCCUUGGAGGCACAUCCGUUGCCACCAUCGGAGCCGGCCUCUUGUACACGAUGGGCGUCAACACCUCGACUGGCAAGUGGAUUGGCUACCAAAUCAUCGCAGGAGCUGGCUGGGGCUGCGCCUUUCAGAUUCCCAUGAUUGCGGUUCAGGCAUUGGCCGAGCCCGCGGACCUCGCCAACUCCACUGGAAUGCUUCUCUUCUUCCAGGGCCUUGGCGGAGCUUUCCUCGUAUCUGGAGCUCAGUCUGCCUUUGUCAACACCAUGAUUAGAAACGUUCUCAAGAACGCUCCUCAGGUCAGCGAGGCGAUGCUCGUCUUGACCGGUGCAACUGAGAUCCGCAACAGAUUUCCCUUGGACCAGCAGCCAUUUGUCAUUGAUGGCUACAUGUCUGGCAUCAAGGUUGUAUUUGCCAUGUGUGUCGCUUGCACAGGAAUCGCAACCCUUGUCGGCCUCGGAAUGAGGUGGCAGAGACUCAACCAGGACGCCCUCAAGAACGCGGGAGGAGCGGCAUAG